CACUACAACUCCCGUGAGCGCCCGCGGCAGGUAUUUCCGGUCGAGGGCCUGGCUGACGGAGCUGGAGCGGGAGCGGAGCAGCGCCACAGGACGAGCUGACCUUUGACCCCGUGCCCCCCUUGCUGACCAUGACAAAGCUGGGCCAGUGGCUGCUGACGCUGGGGCUGCUGGGAGGGACCUGGGCCGGCCUGACCUUCGACGCCCUGGGCCUGGGCCUGCCCGAGUCCGGCCGCCGCCUCCUCUGGCCGCUGCCCGCCUACCUGCUGGUCACCUUCGGCUGCUACUCCCUGGCCACCGUGGGAUACCGGCUGGCCACCUUCAACGACUGCCGAGGGGCAGCGGAGGAACUGCAGGCUCAGAUCCGAGAGGCGCGGGCUGACCUGGAGGGCCGGGGUUUCUGCUUCUGAGGUGGAGGGGGUGGGGUUGGUGUCACCCUCCCUGAGAAUCCCACCUUCCCUCCCCUCGCUGCGAAUGGGAAGGCCUCAGUCAUCCCUUUCUGCACUUUUUGGCGCAGUGCGGGGGGAGCGAGAGGGGUCAGUCUCCCCCCUUCGCGUCCCUCCCCCCUCCUCAAACAAAUAAGGGUCCAAUCAGGGAGGGAGGGGGGGGUUGGAGGGAGUGUGUUCCCUUCGACCUUUCUCGGGGAAACGCGAAGGGGAGCGAGACUGAAACCAAAAUGGAUCCUCGCCCCUCUUGGUGAGAACGAAUGGCUUCUGUGGCCAAAUAGCUCCCCCAACACAGCCUCCACACCAGUGGGGGAGUGGGGGAAGUGGUGGUGGAGAUCCCUCAGGGUGAGGAUUGGGGGAACUGCCAACCUCUGGGCACGUUUUGCUGUUUGUUUGUACCUCACGCGUUGGAACUCUCGAUUAAAAUCACUUUCCACUGA